CGCUCGCCUCGCCUUCCCUUUCCUCCGCCGCCGCCCGCAGCGAUGACACGCUACCUCCGCGCCGCCGCCGCCGCCUCCUGGCCCCGCUGCCCGGGCGCGCCGUUCCCCGCGCCCAGCCCCUGGUGGCGCCCGCCGCACCGGCACCAUGCUGACUGGAGGAUUAAGGUUGCCAACCCCGUGGUAGAAAUGGAUGGGGAUGAGAUGACCCGGAUUAUCUGGGCCUUCAUCAAGGAGAAGCUGAUCCUGCCCAACGUGGACGUGCAGCUGAAGUACUUUGACCUGGGGCUCCCGCAUCGGGACCACACAGAGGACCGGGUCACCGUGGACUCGGCCUUGGCCACUCAGAAGUACAGUGUGGCCGUCAAGUGUGCCACCAUCACCCCUGAUGAGGCCCGUGUGGAAGAAUUCAAGCUAAAGAAGAUGUGGAAGAGCCCCAACGGCACAAUCCGGAACAUCCUGGGGGGGACGGUUUUCAGAGAGCCCAUCAUCUGCAAGAACAUCCCUCGCCUGGUCCCAGGCUGGACAAAGCCCAUCACCAUCGGGAGACAUGCUCACGGCGACCAGUACAAAGCCACAGAUUUUGUGGUGAAUAAAUCAGGGACCUUUAAGAUGGUUUUCGUGCCCAAAGACAGCAGUGGAGCCAAGGAGUGGGAAGUCUUUAAUUUCCCAGGUGGGGGUGUCGGCUUGGGCAUGUACAACACAGACGAGUCCAUCUCGGGUUUCGCACACAGCUGCUUCCAGUAUGCCAUCCAGAAGAAGUGGCCGCUCUACAUGAGCACCAAGAACACCAUCCUCAAGGCCUAUGAUGGGCGGUUCAAGGACAUCUUCCAGGAGAUCUUUGACAAGCACUACAAGACCGAAUUUGACAAGCUCAAGAUCUGGUACGAGCACAGGCUCAUUGACGACAUGGUGGCCCAGGUGCUGAAAUCAACCGGUGGCUUUGUCUGGGCUUGCAAGAACUACGACGGAGAUGUCCAGUCAGACAUCCUGGCCCAAGGGUUUGGCUCCCUGGGCCUCAUGACCUCAGUUCUCGUCUGUCCUGACGGAAAGACCAUUGAAGCGGAGGCUGCCCACGGCACAGUGACGCGCCAUUUCCGGGAGCACCAGAAGGGCCGCCCAACCAGCACCAACCCCAUUGCCAGCAUCUUCGCCUGGACCCGAGGCCUGCAGCACCGAGGCAGGCUAGAUGGCAAUCCAGAGCUCGUCAAGUUUGCCCAGACUCUGGAAGCGGUCUGCGUGGAGACGGUGGAGAGUGGGACUAUGACCAAGGAUCUGGCCGGCUGCAUCCACGGAUUGAGCAACGUGAAAUUAAACGAGCACUAUGUGAACACCACUGACUUCCUGGAUGCCAUCAGAAACAACCUGGACAGAGCCCUGAGCAAGCAGUAGGCGAGAAGAGGGCGUGGCAGCAGAGGGGCGUCACACAGGGACACCAAGCGCGUGUGCUGGGCCCUCCUGCAUCAACAGGGCCCCUUUCUUGGCAUGUUUCCUAAAGCCUGUGAGGCCACUGCUGCCGAUUCCGGGGAGAAGAACAUGCCCCCCUGCUGCUGUGAUGGCUGGCUCUCGUGAGCAGAGAAAAAAAUGGUUCAGUGCUGUUAUUUACACGCGAUGGCUUGGCACGGCCUUGGGUGCCAAACAGAGCUAUUAAACGAUGGCUUCUCCCU